AAACGAAAUUUGAUCAUUUUGCGUGCACAGCAUUGAUUACAUUUAACGUGAACAAAGUCAAAUAAUAUAUAUUUAUAUAUACGAAAUAACGUCAGUGUUUUCGAAGACGCAUACAUCAGAAGACAGGAGUUAUUUCAGUACAAUCCGUGAUGACAGGUUGCAUUGCACCCUAUAUGAAUCCGAAGAUUAAGAGUCAGGAAACACAAAAGCCCAUUUCCACCAACUAUGUUUCGUUUCUUAUCAAUUUAGUGCUUACGAUGUCGGUCACUGUCGGUUUAGUCAUCUUCUUUACCGCUGUGUAAGAUUGGAUUAAAGAGAUGAGAAAAUCUUACCUUGCUUUGCAGGCAAAGUAUUCCGAAUUUUUUCAUGGAACGCGUCUACCUGCUGUAUAUUAUGAUGUUAGUUAUCCGUUGAACAUUAUUAUUUAUUCAUUGAAUUAAUUAUUCUUUUAAUAGAUGACGAGUGUAAUUCAUUUAUAGUACAUUGUUAUUCUCCAUUUGUUCAAUCUGUUACAUGCCGAUAACCUCCUUGUUUAAGAUGAAUAAGGCCGAGGAAAUAAAUUCAUGAAAUCUUCAUUUCACUGCAUUUCAUGCAGUAUAUUAUUUGAUUAAUUUGCUUGAAAGAACCUCUAAAAAUAAACUAGUU